AUGGAGAAGGAGUACAAGAAGGUGGCGAAUUGGGUGACGCCGAAGAAAAAGCACGGCCUACCCGUAUUCCCGGAAGAAAUCGUGAUGGGCGGGAUGACAGCCGACGGCGAGACCCUCUAUGUGGCCAGGGCUGAGCACGAUAACGACACUCUGCCCGGCAAGGUCCAACAGAAUCACAGUCAUUGCUAUGUCGGGUAUAACGGGGAGGAGUAUUCCAAGGAAUCCUAUAAGGUGCUGGUGAAUCCCGCCAAGAGCAACCUGGACUGGGUGGCGGCAUCCGGGGGGUCGGUCCCGGCGGGGGCCCUGCAGGGAGGACGCACGGCCGAGGGGGAGGCGCUCUUCAUCGGCAGGUGCAAGCACGGGGGUGAUACCGUCUGCGGGAAGUCUUUUCAAAGUCCUUUCCGUCAUCAUAUCGAUUCCACGAAGGUCAUCUUCGAUUUGGCGUACGGAGAAAAAUCGCCGGGGUCCAAGUCUGGUGCACGGGGAGGAUUCGGUCGAACUUGA